ACAAGCUGCUAUUUUUGUUUGUGCCACAACGAGAACUCGGUAAAAACUCAAAACGCUCUGCGUUGUCUACUCUAGCUCGCUGUUACGAUCCCCUUGGACUAAUGGGCCCUACGCUGACCAAGGCGAAGAUUCUUCUGCAACGCAUGUGGAGAGACAAGCUUGAGUGGGAUGAGAGUCUACCGCAAUCGUUAAACACCGCCUGGUCUGCCUUUUGCAGAGGGUUUGCAGACAUACAGCACCUAUCAUUUCCUCGUUACGUCUUGCAACCUAGGGCCAUUACAGAAAUUCAUGCAUUUUGCGAUGCAAGCCUUGAAGCUUAUGGGGCUUGCGUUUAUACGCGUUCAGCCAAGGAUAGUAAGGUACAAGUGCACCUGUUGUGUUCGAAGGCCCGUGUCGCUCCACUGAAGACUAUCACCGUGCCCAAGCUGGAACUCUGUGCAGCAACACUGCUGGCACAACUCAUGGAUUCCUCCACUGUCCUCUCGUGGCUGCGAGAAGAACCAUCGAAAUUUAACGUAUUUGUCGCUAACCGAAUUUCCACCAUACAUCAAUUAACGGAGGGCAUGCGGUGGCACUAUGUUCCGACAGCAAUGAAUCCGGCGGACAUUUUAUCCAAAGGAGCUACCCCGCAGGAACUUCUAGGAUCUUCACUUUGGAUGCACGGCCCGUCAUUUUUGCGAGAAGUGGAGGGCAGCUGGCCGCGCAUGUGUCUACCACAACCAAAACUUCCAGAACUUCGACAAAAGGUGUUGCUUGCCGCACAUAACCGCAAUGACAUUUCGCUUUCGUUCAAGUACAUUAAUUCAUUUGGAACAAUGCAGCGCAUUUUUGGGUACGUCAGCAAAUUUGUCAAUAUUACAACAUCGCCAAGCUCUUCGCAGCUCACAGCCGCAGAUAUUCACCAUGGAACUCAACUGCUUAUUCGCUUAGUACAAAGAGCGCAACUUUGGCCGGAGUACACGGCAUUACAGGCCAAUAAUUGCGUCCCGAGUUCGAGCAGCAUUGUUUCGCUAUCACCAUUUCUUGAUGACUUUGGAAUUAUUAGAGUCGGCGGGCGAAUAAAAAACUCUAUGCUUAGUUUUGAAUCGCGCCACCCAUGCAUUAUUCCGAAGGAUCAUCCACUGACAUUUAGUAUAAUAACCUUUUUUCAUCGCAAACAACAUCACGCAGGUCCUCAAGCUUUACUCGCCUUCAUUCGAAUGCAGUUUUGGCCCAUAGGUGGUCGGAAAACAGUCACUCGAGUCCUACAAAAAUGCAUUAUUUGCUGCAAAUCGAGACCGCGCCUUGUCGAGCACAUAAUGGCCGACCUGCCUAAAGAGCGAAUUCAGGCCUCGCGCCCAUUCAUAGUCACCGGUGUGGACUACUGUGGGCCAUUUUAUUACAAGCCUGAAGUACGCAAUAAAUCGCCCCACAAAUGUUAUGUAAGCGUUUUAAUUUGCUUCGCCACAAAGGCUGUAUAGAUGGAGUUGGUAAGAGACCUCUCAACAGGUGCUUUCAUUGACGCGCUAAAACGAUUCAUCGCUACGCGUGGCAUACCCAGCUGCAUCUGGUCUGACAAUGCGACGAAUUUUGUAGGCGCCAAGAACGAGCUUAAAGAACUAC